GAGACGCAGUCAGUGAUAAAGCAUUUUGAUGGGCAUGGAUAUCGUGGAUAUCGUGGAAAUGGUGGAGGUCAUGGGCAUUGCCCUGGGAGUCAUAGGAUUAAUACUUACCAUCGUGAUCUGUGCACUCCCCACCUGGAUAGAGACAACCUUCAUAGCAGCUAACUUUACCACCACAGGGGUGUACUUGCGCGGCCUGUGGAUGAGUUGUGUGACCCAAAGCACGGGACAGACACAGUGUAAUGUGCACAACUUAAGGGGGAACAGGCCCCCCAGUAUGGAGUAUGCCGGAGCCAUGAUCAUCACUGCCAUCAUCCUGGGAGUUCUGGGGGUCACGGUCUCCAUGGUUGGAGCCAAGUGCACCAACUGCAUCAAAGAACAAACGUCUCAGGCCAAGUUGAUUAUUAUCUCUGGAAUACUUUUCUUGCUGGCCGGAAUUCUCAUCCUCAUCCCUGUUUCCAUGGUAGCCAGAUUAAUCAACAGUGACUACUUCAAGUGGAUCGGAGGGAAGAAUGAGCUGGGGGCCUCGCUGUACUUCGGCUUGGGGGCGGCCGCCCUGCUCCUGAUUGGAGGUUUCAUACUGUGCAUCACUAUGGAUAUGCUGAAGAUCACCUCCAUCUCCACCAUCCUGGGAGCUCUAGGAGUGAUGGGGUCCAUCUUUGGGACCAAGUGCUGUAACUGCAUCAAGAGUAACAGGACCAGGGUCAAGGCCAGGUUCAUCGUUGGAAUAUUCUUCAUCCUGGCUGGAGGGACCAUACUCUGCUGCAGCACCUUGAAGAGGAAGAACCCAGACUCGACAACGACUAAAUCAGCCUCCCACUAA